AUCUCAGAAUACGAUAAGGUGGUGGACGUAAAGUGAGCAAUACAAUUUUGUGACUUGAGAAGUGAGAAGAAAAAAAGUUCAUAGGUUAAUUCUCAAACUUCUAAAAUGUUUAUAGAAGCUAAAAUAGUUUGUGUGUUCUUAUUCGUUAUUUUCAUGAUAUGUACAAAAAAGUACAAACUUAUCUUAAACUUCAUAUAUGACUUUUAUGAAGAUAGUAUUGGAGUUAAACAAAAAGUAAUAGAAAACAACAUACUCCAAGAAAUUACUAUUCCCAAAAGUGUAAAUUAUCAUUUCACACGAAAAUGCAAUUAUGAGUGCGGAUUUUGUUUCCACACUGCAAAAACAUCGUACAUGUUGAAUUUAGAUGACGCUAAAGUAGGACUGACCAAAUUGACAGAAGCAGGAAUGGUGAAAAUUAAUUUUAGUGGUGGCGAGCCAUUCUUACCUGAACGUGGUAAUCAUCUAGGAGAAAUGGUAAAGUUUUGUAAAGAAACGCUUCAGUUACAAUCCGUCUCAAUUGUUUCUAAUGGAUCUAUGAUAAAGGAAAAUUGGUUCAAGAAAUAUGGAAAGUAUGUUGAUAUUAUGGCCAUUUCAUGUGAUUCUUUUCACGAAGAAACUAAUAAGAGUAUUGGUAGAGGCCAAGGAAACAAAAAUCACAUUGAGCAACUGUUUAGAGUACGAGACUGGUGUCAGAAAUACGACGUUCUGUUUAAAAUUAAUACAGUCGUCAAUACCUACAAUUAUGAUGAAGAUAUGAGCGAAAAUAUUAUGAGUCUCAACCCUAUCAGGUGGAAAGUAUUUCAGUGUUUACUACUAGAAGGAGAAAAUGCUGGACCCGAAGCUCUACGCAACGCAGAGCGGUUUUAUAUUAACGAGGAUGUAUUCAAUGAAUUUUUACAUCGUCAUAAAAAUGUGAAAUGUUUAGUCCCCGAAUCCAACAAAAAAAUGCAAAACAGUUACUUAAUCUUGGAUGAAUAUAUGCGGUUUCUAGACUGCACAUCUGGCUCCAAAUGUCCUUCAAAAUCCAUUCUAGACAUUGGUGUAUCAAACGCUCUCAAGUUUGCAGGUUUCGACGAAGCAAUGUUCAAAAAAAGAGGUGGGAUAUACAAAUGGUCCAAAGAAGCAAAUAAAUUGUCAUGGUGAUUGCCUAAGAGUAGUUUAAACUUAUUGAACAUUUAUUUGUUGCUCAAAUUGAGCCCCAAAGAUGAUGUUACGGACGAGUGAAAUAUUUUAUUUUUGUACUGUUUUAAUAAGAUAAUGUAAUUUGAUCGAAUAAUGUACAUAUAUUUUU